GCUGCUCUGCUCUAGUCCACGCCCCCUUCCCGCUCCGGUGACAGUCUCUGCGGAAAGUCGUGUUUGUGAUUUCUGGAGAGCAUCGAGAGGGACCACGGCGCUCCCGCCGGGUUGUCCGGGCCAGGUGUCGAAAAAACGGUUACCUGGUGAACCACCCACUCACCCCUGGGCGGCGUCCACCCCCAGGGCCUGAAGAUGUUGAGAUCUAUGUGGAAUUUUCUGAAACGUCACAAAAAGAAAUGCAUCUUCCUGGGCACGGUCCUCGGAGGAGUAUAUAUCUUGGGGAAAUAUGGACAGAAGAAAAUCAGAGAAAUACAAGAAAGGGAGGCUGCAGAAUACAUUGCCCAGGCACGACGACAAUAUCAUUUUGAAAGUAACCAGAGGACUUGCAAUAUGACAGUUCUGUCCAUGCUUCCAACACUGAGAGAGGCCUUAAUGCAGCAACUCAAUUCUGAGAGCCUCACAGCUCUGCUAAAAAACAGGCCUUCAAACAAGCUAGAAAUAUGGGAGGAUCUGAAGAUAAUAAGUUUCACAAGAAGUAUCGUGGCUGUAUACAGUACUUGUAUGCUGGUUGUUCUUUUGCGAGUCCAGUUAAACAUAAUUGGUGGAUAUAUUUACCUGGAUAAUGCAGCAGUUGGCAAAAAUGGCACUACAGUUCUUGCUCCCCCAGAUGUCCAACAGCAAUAUUUAUCAAGUAUUCAACACCUUCUUGGAGAUGGCCUGACAGAAUUGAUCACUAUCAUUAAACAAGCUGUGCAGAAGGUUUUAGGAAGUGUUUCUCUUAAACAUUCUUUGUCCCUUGUGGACUUGGAGCAAAAACUAAAAGAAAUCAGAAAUCUCGUUGAGCAGCAUAAAUCUUCUUCUUGGAUUAAUAAAGAUGGAUCCAAAUCUUUAUUAUGCCAUUAUAUGAUGCCAGAUGAAGAAACUCCAUUAGCAGUUCAGGCCUGUGGGCUUUCUCCUAGAGAUGUUACCACUAUUAAACUUCUCAAUGAAACUAGAGACAUGUUGGAAAGUCCAGAUUUUAGUACAGUUUUGAAUACCUGUUUAAACCGAGGUUUUAGCAGACUUCUAGACAAUAUGGCUGAGUUCUUUCGACCUACUGAACAAGACCUGCAACAUGGUAAUAACUCAAUGGAUAGUCUUUCCAGUGUCAGCCUGCCAUUAGCUAAGAUAAUUCCGAUAGUAAAUGGACAGAUCCAUUCAGUUUGCAGUGAAACACCUAGUCAUUUUGUCCAGGAUCUGUUGAUGAUGGAACAAGUGAAAGACUUCGCUGCUAAUGUGUACGAAGCUUUUAGUACCCCUCAACAACUGGAGAAAUGAUUUUUCCUUUAAGAAGAACUACGGUGCGAUUCAUUUACUUUUAAAAGUACACUAAACAAAUCACCUAUACCUAGAGUGACAAUUUGUUACCAAAAUGCCUAAUAAAAAUAUAUUCUUAAUCAAAGACAUUUCAUAAUGAAAUAGAUUUAUUUGGCAUCUUAAUAUAUUUUUUUAAAUUCAUCAACCAGUUUUGUGGGCAUACCUAAAUGUACACACAAUGCACGUAUCAGAAUUGUUAAUAGUUUAUUACACCACGGAUAUUAGUUCCAAACUAAAAACUAAUGUAGAUACUUUUUAAUAUAUAUAUAAUGUGAAAUGCAGUGUACUUUGACAUUAAUGCUGAGGAAAAAUCUGUUUAGUAAAUAGGUCAGGAUGUGUAAAGUUUGGAAAAUAUACUAUUUAACUAAUGAAGUUCUCUGGACUGCAGUAAACAGGAGUGAAUCAGACUUUUCUCCAGUUACGUUUACCUUUCAAAGGAAUAAAUUAUUUGUCUCAAAUACACCCUGAUGGAGGUCUUUUCUUCUUAUAGAAAUUAAUGAAUUUUAACAACUAUGAUCAGGUAUUUUUUUCUUUGCUACUUUUUCUCACUAUUCUUUACUAUAUUUUCUAAGGCUUUGUUAACAAACCUUAGAAAUUUACAUAUUGAUUUAGAGGCUAAAAUUGUGUUGACACGGUUUAUUCACAGCUAUUAUAAAUUACAGGUACAUAGUUUUAUUCAUUUGUAUGUAAAUAAUUUUAAUAACUUACUUUGUAUUGAUUUUGAUUACAGCGAAUAUCUUAUUGCAAUAAACUAUUUUAGUAAAAUGUG